AUUACCCGUUAUAAUUUCUAGUUCAAUUAAUUGAUUUACCCGACUAAGGGGCCGGCGAUUGCCAGGGCAUACCCACUCGUUGACCGGCGUACGUACUACUGUGUGAAGAUUAUUAGCGAGGACAAUUUGCAGCUCAACACCAGCAGAGAUAUUUAUACGUACAUGUACGUAUCUCGUUAAGUACCACUCGAAGGCACGACGGAUAUACUUAUAUAUACCUAUGUAAUGGGUGUCUGAUUCUUGAUUUGUCUUUUGUGAUGUGAAAUAUUCUGACGUAUUAUGAUUCUGAGAGAAAAAUUGUCACAAACAGAUGUGAGUGCGGAUCAUCUUAUGUACUAGCACGGAACUACUACUGCCGACGAAUGACUAUUUUUUAUGAUCCUGCUUUUCUUGGUGUGAAUAUUUGUAAGCUGUUGACAUUAAGCAGUGGUCAACACUGAAAUUUAUAUCAGAAAAUAUUUUGUGUGUAAAACUUUAAAGGUGAUUUAAGUGACUUCUACAACCGGAAACGCCUUAAAGCUGGUAAACAGAUCAUGGACUAUGAGUGAAUGCAGACCCAUUGACUGUUGAUAGCGACAUGGGAGCUUCCUACUUCAACACUUCAUGGUUUUACGGCAUUCACGAAUAUGGCUUUGGGAACUCCUCUUUCUUUACCUUUAUUUCGGAGUUCAAUCGCCCAUGGUCAGGACUACCUUACAUCGAAGCUUUCGUUUUUACGAUACUCUUCAUCUUUUCCAUGUUUGGAAAUGUCCUUAUCUUUUACCAAAUGUUCCAGACCAAGAGCACCCGAACAGUCACCAACUGUAUGAUAGCCAAUCUAGCAAUGGCAGACAUCUUGUUUUCAUUCGGAAGUCCUUUCAUAGCCGUGACGCGUGUGACAGGUGACUGGAUUUUCGGUAAUGCCGUGUGCAAAGUAUUUGUUUAUUUUUUGUUUACAUGCGCAAUGGUUAUGAUCUGGACUAUGACCGUGAUAAGUAUUGACAGACAUAUAUGUAUCAAUAAAACCACAUCCAAAAAGAUGACACCAAAAGUGGCGGUCGCCAUUAUUAUCAUCACGUGGUUCGUCUGCCUGUUGUGUUUCAUCCCACUUGCGAUGUACUUUCAUACCAGGUCGUUUCCGUUCGGACGUGAUUACGUCACGAUAUGUACCUUGUCGUGGCCAAAGACUUAUGGGUUUCGCGCGUCCAUCUUCUUCACCGUUGUGAGUUGUUUAGUCGGCUUUGUCAUUCCCAUUGCUAUCAUGAGUAUAAACUAUUUCAAGAUUAUAAGAAGGUUUGUGAGAUCACGACGCGCCAUUUUGAAUAAUCAUAACAGAGUGGACGUAUUGAAUUCAAACUCCCUGAAGACCCGGAAAAAUCGGGAUCAACGAGACGUUAAAGUUGUGAAAACAUUACUUCUACUUGUGUUUUUGUUUAUACUGAUGUGGCUGCCAAUCUUCGUCGUCUUCGUCAUAAUUCUCAUCGAUGGGAUGAAAGAUAACAUGCAGGUGCCAUCCCUCGCCCUUAUCGUGACUUUGUGCAUCGCCUUGGCGAACGCGUGUGUCAAUCCAUUCCUUUAUGGUGUUAUUAACGACAAACUUCGUCGCGCCAUCUUAAAGUGUUUCGCGUGCAAGAGCACGGUUUCGACAAGUGGAACGGGCAGUAACAUCCGCCAUAGUAUUCGCGCCAUCAGCUACAGCCAGAAUUCCAGCAACAGUGAGAACACAGUCAAGUAGAGUGUCAGAUUCAAAAUGGCGACAUUUGAGAGUUUCAAAUAUCUUCAUUACUCAGAAUGUGUGUUAGACGGUCUGUUAUGCCGAUGGAUAUCACUUUUUGUUUUGUUUUUUAAUUUGACAAUAGUUCGUGUGAAACAUAAGAACACUCAUCGUUAAUAUGACUGUGAGAAAAAAUAUAACGGAAGUAUUAUUUACAAUACAGACAUGAUCUGACAGCGGAUGGUGGCUCUAUUUCAAACACUUCCGUAGAUUUAAUGAGUUAUGAAUGAAUGUGUUUUGAUAAAGUUGGAAUAAAAUACUCGAUGACUUUUCCUCAGUAUGAA